AUGGCCUCCCAACCCACUCAGGCCCAACUCAACCUGGCCGCUUUGGCGGGUUCACCAUCGCCGCGAACAAUGCGAAGUCUGCGCAAAAUCCAGUCCCAUCAACUUCUUUCGUCCUCUCAGCUUUCUCAACCCUCAAGCGCCCGUAGUUCCGCUGGACCUGAGGAGCUUUCUCAGCCAACUCAGCUGGAUUCGCCGCUACGCCUGCGCACGCAUCGUCGAGCUCGAUCGAAUAGCGAUGCCUCAACCCGCGAGCCUCCUGCCAUCGGAACCCAGCGACGAUCAGGAAGGAAAACUGGCUCGGGGUUUGGCAUAAAGAGAUCGGUCUUGGAGACAUUGUUACGAGAUGGACCACAGCAGGGAAAUGUCCGCGAGGGUCUACAAGAGCUGAGAUACUUGAUUUUGUCCACGAGGGUAGAAGCGGAUGCUGACGGCAUGUCGUCGUAUCGAGUGUACCUAUGGCUAGCACUUCUGGAUAUACCCCCCGUGCCAACAGAUGAAUAUCUCUCUCUCAUCCACCGCGGCCGCUCACCAGCUUAUACAAAAAUCCGCAACGACACCUUCCGCACGCUAGCCACCGACCCUUUAUUCAAACGCCGUGUCACAGAAGCAAGCCUAAUCCGACUCCUCAACGCAGUAGCCUGGACAAUUCAUGACGCAAAGAACAAGAACAAGGCCAGAAAACCUCGGUCGUCAACCUCCCGCCGACGGGAGAUGGAGCUUCUCAUCAACACCCCCCCUAGCAUCGCAGAGGAAGGAUCAAGCCCGGAAGUGACAACAUCGAGCAACAGCCGCAGUAGCACCAUCACCAGCGACUCGGCGAUCUACGUACAAGGCAUGAACGUCCUCUGUGCCCCGUUCCUCUACGCCGCGCGCAGUGAGGUGGAGGCCUUCGCCUUGUUCCACUCGUUCAUCACCCGCGAAUGUCCGGGCUAUAUCCGCGGCGCCAUGGACGGGGUCCAUCGCGGUCUCCGUCUAGUGGACCGUUGCCUGGAGAUCGUCGAACCCAAGCUCGCCUCCUACCUCUUCUCAAAGGGUAUGCAGGCAGAACUCUACGCUUUCCCAUCCGUAUUAACCAUGUGCGCCUGUACACCACCUUUGCCUGAGGUCCUCCAUCUCUGGGACUUCCUAUUCGCGUACGGCCCACAUCUAAACAUCCUUUGCAUUGUUGCCCAACUUAUCCGAAUGAGAGAUACUAUCCUCGAAAGCCCAAGUCCGAACAAGAUCCUCCGGUCCUUCCCACCUCUCGACGCCAAAGAAAUCAUCGCCUUAACUGUCCUGAUCGUCCGGAAGAUCCCCGAACCACUCUAUGCCGAACUGAUCGACCAUGCCAAAUAGAUUGAUUUCUUCUACCUAGGCGUGGCAUCAGCGAAGACCUUUCUUACGUGUAUUAUUUAUGAAUUUCCUAUUCGGUUUCCACCCUUUUUGGUCCAGAAGAGAAAGAAACAUUAAUAACCUGUUUCCGGGGCCGCGGUGAUGGCGUUUUUUUUUUUCUUUUUUUUUUUUUUUUUCUUUUUCUUUUUCUUUUUUCCCUUUCUUUUU